AUGAAGCGCGUUGUGCAGUUGCCUGUUCAGAACGCUGAGUCGCGGGCAGUGACGGAGCUGGCAGACGGAGAGGAAAGGAGCGCUCAGAAUGCCCGGCUGUGUCGAGCCGAAUGGGAGAUGUAUGAUAUGCUUGCCGGUGUCGGAUGCGCGACAGAUGCAUGGAAAGCAUUCAAGUUCUUCGACGUCUCCGAGGUAAAGCUCGCCGAUGAAGAGCGUUCGGCCAUCCUCCAACAAGGCAGCAUAACCUCUGUCGCCACCGGCUCCGACAAUGUCUGCUUCGGCAGCUCCGAUGGCCUUGUCCGGGUCCUCUCCCGGGCCUUCAAGGUCAUGCGCUCGUUCAAAGCCUACCAGCUGGGCUCCGUCACCCACAUGAGGCAGGUCCAGGGCACAUCACUGCUGGUCACCGUCGCAGAAGACCUCUCAAACGAACCGGUCUUGAAGCUGUGGGCUUUGGACAAGCUGGAGAAGAAGACUGGCAUUCCGAGGUGCAUCAGCACGCUUAGCAUUCAUAACGGGAGGAAGCAGUUUCCUAUAUCCGCAUUCGCUGCGCUCGACGACCUCUCCCAGCUAGCUGUAGGUUUCGCAAAUGGCGCCGUCACCGUGAUACGAGGUGACCUCAUCCAUGAUCGUGGCGCAAGGCAGCGUACAGUGUUCGAGUCCGACGAACCUAUAACGGGCAUCGAGUUCAGGGUGGGAAACAUCACGACGCUGUACAUUGCGACUACCGGACGUAUCUCAACGCUGGUCAUCUCUGGCCGAGGUCAAGGUCAGCCUGCGCGGUCGUUAGAUGAGACUGGCUGCGGGGUCGGGUGCAUGACUAUCGACAAAGCUACUCAGGAUGUGAUCAUCGCUCGUGACGAGGCGGUGUACACGUACGGAGUCCAUGGAAGAGGUCCGGUGUACGCCUACGAAGGACCGAAGAAGAUGAUCACUGUCUUCAAAGACUACGUUGCGCUAGUGUCUCCUCCAAAGGCCAACGCCGUAGCUCGGUCCACCUCUCUUCGGGCGUUUGGUAGUAGUCAAGCGGAUGACAUCUUCAACAUCUCAAACUUCACCCUUCUUGACACCGACCUGAAGCUCAUUGCCCACCAAGAGGCUUUGAGCUCUCAGGUUAACUUUGUGUUCUCCGAAUGGGGAGACCUGUUCGUGCUAACCUUGGACGGCAAACUCUUUCGGUACCAUGAAAAAUCUCUCCAACAAAAACUUGAACUAUUGUACCAACGCAACCUGUACGUCCUAGCAAUCACUCUUGCACAGAAGGCUGGGGUUGAUGCAGCACAACUCAAUGUGAUACUGCGCAAGUAUGGCGACUAUCUCUACCUAAAAGGCGAGUACGAUACAGCGAUGCAGCAGUACCUAAAGGCGAUCGACAACACCGAGCCAUCACAAAUCAUCAGAAAGUUUUUGGAUACCCAACGGAUACAUAAUCUUAUCGAAUAUCUCGAGGAACUGCACGACCACCACAAGGCGACAUCCGACCACACGACCCUUCUUCUUAAUUGCUACGCCAAGCUCAAAGAUGUCGAAAAGCUAGAGAAUUUCAUCAAAUCUCCCGGCGACCUCAAGUUUGAUCUGGACACAGCUAUAACCAUGUGCCGCCAAGGUGGAUACCAUGAUCAAGCCGCGUACCUGGCUCGCAAACACAACGAGCAUGACCUAGUGGUGGACAUAUUGAUCGAGGAUUCCAAACGGUACGCUGAGGCAUUGGCAUACAUCUGGCGUCUGGAACCUGACAGUGCCUAUCGAAACCUGAUGAAGUACGCUACCGUGCUGCUGGAGCAUUGUUCGAAGGACACAACGCAACUCUUCAUCGAUUAUUACACCGGACAAUACCGUCCAAAGAAGGACGCAGUCGUCGUGCAUGACGUUCCUACAUCUCAGGGCAUACCCGGCUUUACCAUAGCAUCAACAGCUGUCCAGAACCUCGCAGCUCUGCUGCCACUCCCCUACAUGAACACGAACAUUCUUCAGUCGCCUAGUGCUGGUGUCGAUCAGAAAACGACCCUCAGCCAGGCGCAGAUCAUUGAAACCGACACAAACGAACCGCCAGCGGAGUAUACUAUUCCUAGACCACGGACGGCCUUUUCGGCAUUCGUUGACCAUCCCGAGGAAUUUGUAACGUUCCUGGAAGCAUGCAUCAACUCCGAUGAGCUGAGCGAGAAUGACAAAAGCGACCUGUACACUACACUGUUCGAGAUGUAUCUUCACACCUCAAGCAGCAAGAAAAAUGGUGAGAGGGAAGAAUGGGAGGCUAAAGCGAAGAGCUUGGUGGAAAGCAAGAACGUAGGCAUACCCAUCGACACGUCGAACGUGCUGCUCUUGUCACACCUGACGAAUUUCAGGGAUGGCACAACACUUGUCCGGGAGCAGCAGGGCCUGCGGUUCGACAUCUUCCGCUCGUACACCUCAGCAAAGGAUACAGCAGGCGCUAUCAAGGCGCUGCGCAAGUAUGGGCCCGAGGAGCCUCAGCUGUAUCCAGCGGCGCUGGCAUACUUCACGUCAAGCCCGGCUAUCAUCGAAGAAGCUGGCGAUGAGCUUGAUGUUGUCCUCCGAAAGAUUGAUGAGGACGGUCUAAUGGCGCCUUUGCAGGUCAUCCAGACCCUGAGUACGAACGGCGUCGCCACUAUGGGCAUGAUCAAGAGGUAUCUCAGCACCACCAUAGAGCGUGAGCGACAGGAGAUCUCCAACAACCGCCGCCUCAUCCAAACCUUCCGCGCCGACACCGAUACCAAGCGCAAAGAGAUUGUCGAGCUCGGGACUAAACCCGCAGCGUUUACCGCAACGCGUUGCUCCGCAUGUGGUGCCACGCUUGACCUUCCAACAGUGCACUUCCUGUGCAAGCACUCGUUCCACCAGCGCUGCCUCAACGCUGCGGAGGAGGACGACGAGGAGAGCCUGGAAUGUCCUAUUUGUGCGCCGCAGAAUGCGACCAUUCGCGCCAUCAAGAACGCCCAGGAUGAAAGCGCUAGCCGGCAUGACAUGUUUCUUGACGCACUGCAGAGGAGUAGGGAUAAGUUCGGGACGGUGAGUGAGUGGUUUGGGAGAGGCGUUAUGUCAGCGCCGGUGACUGAGUAG